AGAGUGGGAGGAAGUUCAAAUGAAAGUGGCGUGGGCAGCAGCUAGGUGUACAGCGCAGGCUGCAAACAGGCUGUGAAAACAGCCAAACUUAAGGCCCUGUCAGACUUCUUCCAAGCGUAAAGGGAACAUUUGGAAAAAGAAGGAGCCAGGAUGAUGCUGUUGACCAGGGUGGGGAACCUCAGGCCUUGGGGCCGAACGUGGCUCCCCAGGCCUCUACAGUAGGGCCCCGCUUCCCGGCGCUCUGCUUCCCGGCGUUCCACUAAUGUGGCGUCUUUCAUUUAAAAAACACAGGUGAUCUUGUUUGGACCAUACCCUGCAGCCAGCUUAUUAUUAAGUUUGGCCGUGCUAGAUUUCAUUAAAACAGAACAAGCUCUCCCAAGGAUGCUCUCAAAUAAAAGGUAUUUCCUUUGAGCACCACGACCACAACUGCCAUGCAUUUGGGGAAGCGAUGACUCUUGCCUCUCUGUUCCAUGUCUUCCUGUUUUGUAAUUGAAUUGGUACAGAAGGAACUCUUUCCAAAAUCAUGACUGAAGAAAAAAGUCUUGGUGUGUCUCAGAAAGCCUUGUCACCUUCCAGAAGUACGAGUAGCUGCUCCUCCAAGCAGGGAAGUAGACAGGACAGCUGGGAAAUAGUAGAAGGACUACGGGGAGCCAUGAAUUACACACAGGAACCACAGAAACAGGAAGGCUACCUGCUGAAAAAGAGGAAGUGGCCUUUGAAAGGCUGGCACAAGAGAUGCUUCUUUCUGGAUAAAGGGAUUUUGAAAUAUGCAAAGAGUCCAGCGGACAUAGAGAGAGGGAAGCUGCAUGGAUGUAUAGAUGUCGGACUUUCAGUGAUGUCUGUGAAAAAAUCAACAAAAUGUAUAGAUUUGGAUACAGAAGAACACAUUUAUCAUUUAAAGGCAAAAUCUCAGGAAGUCUUUGAUGAAUGGGUAGCAAAGCUGCGCCAUCAUAGAAUGUACCGUCAAAAUGAAAUUUCCAUGUUUCCACAUGACAUCAACAACCAUUUCUUUUCAGCAUCUUCUGUUACAGACUCCAUGACUGGCCUUUUGGAAUCCACGGCAAGCAGAAAGAGAGGCAGCAUGACACACCAAAAUUCAGUGCAGACUGGAAGUAGUUUAUCAUUCUCCUGUUCAAACAAUGAGUCAAGGAUUCCACCUUGGCUGCAGUCUUCUGAGGAUAUGGAAAGAUGUUCAAAAGACCUCUCCCACUGUCAAAACUAUCUCUUGGAAAUGAGCCAGCUUUUGCAAAGCAUGGAAGUUCUCCACAGGACAUACUCAGCACCUGCCAUAAAUGCCAUGCAGGGCAUCCCCUUUGAAAGUCCUAAAAAGGAAAAAAGAACACACAGAAGAUGGUGUUCCCGAGCGCUUGGUAAAGAUCCUAAAGGAAUGUUGCAGGUACCAACUGUUCUUUCUGCUCCACUGAGAUUACAUGCUUCCAAUCCUAAUUUAUCAUCGUUAGAUUUUGGUGAAGAGAAAAUUUACUCUAAUGGUUCUGAAACAACAUCAGAAUUUUCUAAAAUGCAAGAGGACUUGUGUCACAUAGCUCACAAAGUGUACUUUACCUUGAAGUCAGCUUUUAGUACGAUAUCAACAGAGAGAGAGAAGCUGAAGCAGAUAUUUGAACAUGAUUCAGCCUCAUCUCCAUCUGCUCAAAUAGUUGGGCUGAAGAACGCCUUAUCAUCUGCCAUAGCACAAAACACAGAUCUUAAAGACCGGUUACGCAGAAUACAUGCCGAAUCUAUGCUUCUUGAUUCAGCAGCUAAUGCAAAAUCCAACCCUGAUUUGGCAAAGGAAAAUUCAGAUGAAGAGAACAGGUGUCUUGUCCACCAACUCUCCAACGAAAGUCGACUCUCUAUAACAGAUUCUCUCACAGAGUUUUUUGAUGCUCAGGAAGUCCUGCUGUCUGCCAGCUCUUCAGAAAACGAGGUAUCUGAUGAUGAUUCAUACGCCAGUGAUGUAAGCGAUAACAUCUCUGAAGACAACCUAAGUAACGACAUAGAGAAUGAAAGGCAAACUCUCGACAGUGUCCCUGAUGGCAGCAUGGAAAGCCAUUCCAAGCGGAGGACAUGUCUACCAGCUCCGUGUCCCAACACUGGUAACAUCAGCCUUUGGAACAUUCUGCGGAACAACAUAGGAAAAGACCUCUCCAAGGUGGCUAUGCCAGUUGAGUUGAAUGAACCGCUGAACACUUUGCAGCACCUCUGUGAGGAACUGGAGUACAGUGAAUUGUUGGAUAAGGCGGCAUGUACGCCUAACCUGUUUGAGAGGAUGGUAUAUGUGGCUGCUUUUGCUGUAUCUGCCUAUGCAUCCACUUACUACAGAGCUGGAAGUAAGCCAUUUAAUCCCGUACUUGGAGAAACCUAUGAAUGUGUCCGUGAAGAUAAGGGUUUCCAGUUUUUUUCUGAACAGGUCAGUCAUCACCCACCGAUAUCUGCAUGUCAUGCCGAAUCCGAUAACUUUGUGUUUUGGCAAGAUAUCAGAUGGAAAAACAAAUUCUGGGGAAAAUCCAUGGAAAUUGUGCCGGUUGGUACAACGCAUGUAAUUUUGCCUGCCUUUAUGGACCAUUAUGAAUGGAAUAAGGUGACAUCUUGCAUUCAUAAUAUCUUAAGUGGACAGCGAUGGAUAGAGCACUAUGGAGAGAUCAUAAUACAGAAUCUGAAUGACCACAGCUGUCACUGCAAACUUACUUUUGUAAAGACAAAAUACUGGAAUCACAAUGUACAUGAGAUUGAAGGCAAUGUUUUGGACAAAAAUGGAAAAGUAAUACACCAGCUUUUUGGAAAAUGGCAUGAGAAUAUAUACUGUGGAACACCAUCUUCACCAAAGUGCAUCUGGCGAGCAAAUCCAAUGCCUAAAGAUUAUGAGCAAUGGUAUGGUUUCACACAGUUUGCAUUAGAAUUAAAUGAACUGGACCCACUUACCAGGCCUCUCUUACCAUCUACUGAUACCCGAUUUAGACCAGACCAAAGGCUUCUCGAGGAAGGGAAUAUUGAAGGUGCAGAAAUACAAAAACAGAGGAUUGAGCAGCUACAGAGAGAGCGGCGAAAAGUUCUAGAAGAAAACAGCCUGGAACAUCAGGCUAGAUUUUUCAGAAAAUCUGCAGAUGACUACUGGGUCAGCAAUGGAACCUAUCUAGAACUUAGAAAAAACCCUGGGUUUUCCAAGCUGGAUAAUCCUGUCCUGUGGUGAAAAAAGGAAAUAAGAAGAGGACAUUUCUGCUGCUGUUUGUCUGAUUAUAAUUUAUAAGGAAAGAAAUGCUGCAUAUCACCAUGAUCUUCUAGACUCCUGCUUGUAGAUUUUUGACACACACAUUUACUUUGUUCUGUUUGUCUUUUGCUAUUUUGAUAGUAAACAUGAUUUAUUUGAAUGUACAAAAACUCUUCUUUACAUAAACAAUUGUUGAAUGUUAUCUCUGAAAGUGGGGGAGAAGCUUUAACACUAUUUUUCCAAAGGAUAAUGCAAGUUCAAAUUUAAUGCCUUAUUGAGUUGUGUGAUGAACAGUGUUGGCCAGCAGCCUUCAGCUGCGCUACGGAAACUGAAUGGAUGCAGCUGAUCCCCCCCAAAUGUCAGUAAGCUACCAAAGCUGGAGUGAGUGUAUUUAUUAUAUCUCUUGCUUAAGAUUCCACCUCAGUUACUGAUGGUGCUGGACCUUUUUGAGGUGUUUGUUUGUUGAGAUGGGCACAGCAAUCCAAACCAUCCAUCUGCUGUGCUGGAGGAGGUCCCUCCACCCAGUUCUGCCUGACUGUACCAGGCUCUGUCAUCAUGGAGCUCCCAGCUGCACCUGCCUAUAACUAUGGAUGAGCAGAAGCUACCACCUGUUGUAACCCUGCCAGCAAUAGCCAGCAUAUACCACCAAAACAGGGGCAGAGUUGGAUCAGCCAAGGAACCCUUGGAUCCUCAAUCAGUCCAGCUAUGAGUAAAUUAUGAAAAUGGGCCCAAUCCAGGUCUGUUCACUGCACCAGCCUGGAACUGGUACAGCAAGAAAACAGAAUUUUCCUCUCCCCCCCCCUUCUGCCUUGGCUGACACAAACAGCAGGGCUCUAGAUGCAAAACGGUGUCUCCACCACUCUGUUCAGCCCUACUGCUGCUGCCUGCAAAGAAUUUGGGUUGCUCUGUUAGCAACUUGAUAUUUUUACUCCAUUAGGUAAACUAUUCUAAGAAAAUAGUACUAAGUGGUAGUAGUUUUGAUGGUUCUACUGCCUUACAAAAAAAAGGGCACAGUCACCUAGGAACUUCUCUUAUGCCUUGUUGAAAUUUAUGGAAAUUAAACCAUUGCAGACUUCAGCAGGGCUUGCACAGUGGAAGUUCCAAGUAGAAUGUGUCCCAGAUUUGUACCAUUUAUGUAUAUCGAUAAUGCUGUAUAGAUUAAACUUUUGGAGCAAGCAACUAACUUUACCUAGGUAGUUCUGUUUGGUCAAAUGUAACACAAUGGUACCCCUAAACCUAGCAGGGGGAUAAAAUGACCAAAUGAAAAGAAAUGUGGUUUGACUUUAACCUUACAAAAUCUUUACCGAGCAGGGAUUCCUCUUUGUUUCACUCUUCUGAUUUGGUUUUAAUAAGAAGAUCCUGCUGGACAAUUAAAAAAACAAUGCCCUCCUUUUUAAGUACCUAAUUGUGUUUAGAAACAGCUACUUUUUAAGUAGCUAAUUGUGUUUAGAAACAGGUGUUUUCUGAAAUAAGAUUUUGGUAUUUUCUACCUCUUCUGAGCAGCGCAUUUAGUAUCUUGUAUUUUAAAAAAAAGACCAUCUGCCUUAGAUAAAAUGUAUGGAAUAUAUGAUCUUCCUUUACCUGUUUAGUGUUUUAAUGUAAAUAUCUGUCUUGUGCUCAAAUGGUUUUUCCAAUAUCCUGUGUAUGUAUUCUAAUAUCUUCAUAAGCAUAUUUAGCAUGCUGAAGAAGGAAUCCUAAGUAAACAAUAUGCACUUCCAAUAUUCCACUUUGGAAUGGAGGUAGCAGUCUUCUUUCUUUUGUUAAAUCACAGUUUUAGUAUAAUAUCAUGCUUAACAGGAAGCGUGUGCUCAAAAAAUUGUGGUCUGGAAUACAGACUUCAAUAAGCUCUCAGGUCCAUUUCCUACAAAGUGAGAAGAGAGUGUUGCUGGUUAACAGUGUUAAAUGAUACCUUCUGUAAAUUAGUAAAGCAUUCUUUCUUCUUGGUACAUGUCUUGCAUCCAAGUGCUCCAAAUAGAAGUAAAAUCCAUUAAUUUGAAUAUGCACAUGGAGCUCUUCCAUGUGUGAGCUGCUCCAAAUCACUUCUACAAAAGGAGCAGCUCCAUAUGAGCAUCUCAUGACCCAUGUUUGGAGCUGUUCCUCCUAGUAACUGAAUAGGAAUGGGAUGUUUAUGUGUCCUGUAGCACACAACUAGAUCACAGCUAGCAUGGUUAGACUCUCACAUCAAUAGCACAUGCACACCAUAGUCCAAAAUACAACAAUGAGCUAAAUCUAAAGCUAGCAUAGUUAACCAGUUUGUUCUACAGAUGCAUAUUGAGUGGUGAAAUAUAAAAAAGUUAACUUUUUGGACUCUCCCAUUUAUACAUGCCCAUGCAGUUUCAAAGGAAAAUUUUAAAAUGCUUGGCCAAAUAAAUAUUCUACAUACAUGUUAGCAAAACAGCAUCUCUAAGUGGGAGGGAAAUCUUCUCUGACGUCAUUUAAGAUCAUACAUCACAAUAAUAUUGCAUCUAUUAUUCAGCACAACAGUUGCAUGCUGCCUUGUGAAACUUUCGGGGCCAAACUAGACAAUGUGUUGGCUCCAUAUCUGUGCCCUUGAGUGUAUGUUUUUUUUACACAAAUUGGCAGUAUGGGGUGCCUGAUCUGAACUGGAACCCCAGCAUGGAAAAUGCAAAGCCUUCACCCUUUGUCCCCUGCUAUGAUCCUGAUUAGGAUUUUGGAGGGCAUUGCCAGCAACAUGCAUGGGGAAAAAAUCUCAUUCACCUGAUUGGGAACUCAUUUUGCUAUGCAUAUUGCAUGGUGGGGGUUCCAAGUUGGUACUACAGUGGGAGCAGCCCCCCCCCACUCCUACACUAGAGUCCCAAUCUGAACUGGCGCCCCUACAUUGGCAAAGGUCAGAAAUAGUACAUCAUCUGGUUUUGCUUAUGGAUAAAACAACUGUAUCACUUUGUACCCAUUAUCAAGACAAUUCUAGUUUCGUUUUUUGCUCCCCAUUCUCUUGUAUCCACAUCUAGAUAUUUCAAAGAAAUAUCCUAUUUUUUAAGUUAGCCACUCUGAGAAUCUCAAUUAUAUUUUUUGCACUAAUUGUCAAAUUUCCUGUGACUUCUUGUAGUUUUCUUUGAGACUAGUCCUUCUAAAUAAUUUAGUAUAAUUCCCAGUUGAUGUCUUUGUAGUUUUAUGUAAUUUGAUUUUUCAAGCAAAAUUUAUUCAAAACGUUUUCCAUUCUUGGACAGGUUUGCCCUUUUCAUUUACAAUCACUUUGUUUAUUUAUCCUCUCAGGUAUAAAUCAUUUCCAUCCUUACAAUCCAUUAAGAAUGAAUAUUUAAUUUUGCCUUGUAUUUUUGGAAACCACUGAUUUGGAUGCUUAGCUGCUAUACUAGGAAACUCUCAUUUCCUUUUGUCUUUUACUGCUUUGUACAGUUGAAGUGCAGGGUUUUUUAAUAUUUAAUGUAGCUUUUAAAGAGAAGAGUACAUUCAUUGUUCAUGAGCCAGAAGCUUACCAUAAUGCAUGCAUUAAUCAGUUGAUGCUGGGAUAGAAAUCUAAUAUCUUAUUCAAAAGGAACACUGGUCUGUGAGCUUCAGCAUUUGUUUUUUCAAGACCUAUACACCACAUGUGUCACCAGGUUAAUUUCAUUGUUUCCCUGAUUUCGCAUUCACAGAAUGGGGAGCUGGGUGCAUGAUGAAAUGAUAAUAUGGCCUGUCCAUCACACACAUUGUAUCACACAUGCUAUGGCCCACUAUAUUAUAGCAUCAUUUCAACUAACCCUUAUUAUAUGAAAACAAGACUCUACUUUAAAACAUCACUCAUAUCAUUCAGUCCUCUGCAAAACCCAUAGUUUUUUUCUGUUUUUUCCAGGGAGGGCAGAGCCCAUUAAUGUUCUGGUUUGAAAUUAAGGAUUUGUUCAAACAUUUUUGUGACUUUUUAAAUAUUUCAAACCUGAUUAUUCCCCCGAGCAUGGGCACUUGGUAACAUGAGUAUCAGUUCACAUGACUAGAGCAAGAAGUAGCAGGUAAACAUAUCAAUCCUUAGCACCAUCACAGUAAUUCUGAAUUACUGUCCACCUGUCCUUCCCAUAUUUUGGGAAAUUGACCUGCAUAUUCAUACCAACUCACUAUGUGAGGGAUCAGCAAAUCUCUCAAUUUUGGUUUCUCUCAAUUUCUCAUCUUUCCAGUCUUACAUUUAGUUCUUCACAUUUCCACAUCGGUUGGAGAUUUUUUUAAAAAAAGUCCUCAUGAAAAUUCAUCAGCAUUUUAGUGCCCAUUUCUCCUAAUAUUCACACGUUUGUAUGCAAUUUUGCCCAAUAAACAUAUUUCUGCAAACCAAUUCUUCCUACUGUAAUGCAUUUUUGAAUGUUAUUUUCACUAAUACACACAUUUUUCACUCUACCAUAGUAAAUGAAUUUCUGUAAUCACUUGGCUGGAGAACUGCAUUGCAAAAUCUGGAAAAGUGUGGGUUUCAAAGGAGGUCUGUGUUGUGGCUUUUGUCUUAUUUUGGAAAGUGCAGAUUAGGGAGGUUCACCUUUAAAUGCGAAUGAAAUUGAAUUUCUCCCUCAUCCCUACUUUCAAGUGGAAGGUUUAUGUCAGGUACCUGACAGCUGCAUUCCAGCACUGUGCAGGGACUGUCUAUUCCAGCCUUUCCCAACCAGUGUGCCUCCAGAUGUUGUUUGACUACAACUCCCAUCAGCCUCAGCCAGCAUUGCCAGGAAAGAUGGGAAUUGUGGUCCAACAACAUCUGGAGGCACACUGGUUGGGAAAGGCUGGUCUAUUCCCUUGCUGAUUUCAGCUAGUCCACCCUGAUUUGCAGCAUUGAUACCAGAGGAACAGAAACUAAGCACCAAACCAGUGAUGUAAAGCAUUAGACAACUGACCCUUAGUUUCUAUCAAUUAAACAUAUAUCUAGAUCUUCAUAGCAAGGCCAAGGGAAGAGCUGAUAUGUACAAACUAUGAAGUUACAUCCAGAAAAGCUUUAUCUGUAAAAAGUUUCCUGGGGCAGGACAAGUUGAGGUAAUGAUACAGGGCCAGAAUUACUGCUUGCGUGCUCUGGGCACAGUGGCCACUUAUGCAUUGUCAAAAAAAGAGGGAAAGCAUCACCAAAACAUAGAUGAAAAAGGAUACAGAUUUAGAAAUACGUGCAGAGAUUUAAAUAGCAAUUCAGUACAUCUUAUCAUAGUGAAGACUGUGACCAGGUUAGUUGUGUGCCUGCUCAUUCGAGUUGUCCAGGUGCUAUUUCUUGAUGGGCAGCGACAAGGUCCUCUCUGCUCUCCCUUCUUAUGGUUCUUAAUCUUUCAGCCAGACUUGAACCAGGCAGCCCUUCAAAGAAAGGAUUGCCCUCUGUAAAAUAGGGCAUACUAGCUCCAGGAUAUGGCCAUACCAUUGCUAAUUUGGUCCUGAGUCUAUUCACUGUCCAUGCUGCAAUCAGGUGGUGUGUAAUAGUGUGUCCAAUCUCUUUCUUUUUAAAAAAACUAAAUGGUUACAUGUCCAUGUCAUCCCAUUAACAUCAUCAUUUUGACGUGUUUGUUGUAUGGUGUAUAUAAAUACAUACAGUACUGUAUCACCUCCAGUUUGGGCUGGUGCAGAUUUGCUGUAUUGGAUUGGAAGAAGUUCCCUGCUUUUUCUCUUUGUUUACAACUUUUUUUGGGUUCACUGUUAGCCUGUGUUACAUAAAUAUACAGAACAGUCAAAGUUGUUUCAGUCUGGACAACAUUUUGAUUGCGUUUCUUGUAUUUUCUAAACCUGUAGUAGGAUGCUGUGAAGGACACGGGAUGGAGAAUCUCCUUCUAUAUUUAAGGCCUUUUUUUAAAAUGAAGAACAAAGGCACAUGUAAGCUAGCUUUCUGUUUGUCAUAGAACACAAUCUGUACUACUGUAUCUUUUUUCUUUUUUGCUUAGAGGAACAUUUUCACCUAAUUCUAAGAGCAAUAAAGCUACCGUUGUGCUCCUCCCUUUUCCACAUAUAGUUGCCAUAUUAAUAACAUUUUGCAAAUUUCUUAAUCUUAUUUUGGGGGAAAAUUCACACCAUCUUGUCAAGACUCCUUGUGGGAAACCCUGGGCUCUCUCAGCUCCGAGUGAUUCUGGAGGACUUGGGUGGAAUUGUUAUCCUUUCAGAAUCAGGUUGAUCCUUUUACAUUUUGGCUUUUGAUUUCUACUUCAGAACAGAUUCUGUUACACAUGAAUGCUUAAUCUGCUACAAAUAUUUCAUUGUUCAAAUGAAAAUCUCAUUUGUAUUGGGAAGUACUGACUUGAACCUACUGAUAGACUGUAUCAUUAUAGGAUGGUUGUUUUCACUGUUGCAAUAUUCUUGUCUUCCAGUUUUCUCUGGUUUUCUUUUUAUACAAUGUACUUGCUGUAAAAGUUCUGCCUCAUAGUACUAUGUAAAAUAUUCUGUAUGUUAUCCCCA